ACUUGAUGUUCAUUAAAUUACAAUUCUCUACUUAGGCCUAGAGACUUGGACUUCGAUUCAAAAGAGGGGUUUUAAAGCUGAAAGAGAUGGAAGACAAGACUUGUGAUAGGUCUCUUUUGACACAAGAAAAACAAUGCCUAAUAUCAUGGGGUCUACCGACUACAAUUAUUGAGAAAUACUCAAAGAAAGGGAUAGAAAAAAUGUUCCCAUGGCAAGUAGAAUGCCUCCUAUGUGAAGGAGUGUUGUCGGGAAAAAACCUUGUUUACUCAGCUCCAACAUCAGCAGGAAAGACAAUGGUUGCAGAGAUUAUAACCAUUCAGACGGUGUUAGAAAGAAAGAAAAAAGUCAUUUUCAUACUUCCAUUUAUAUCUGUCGUGAGGGAAAAAAUGUUGUACUUUCAAAAUCUGCUCGGGAGCAGUGGUGUGCGAGUGGAAGGCUUCAUGGGUAGCCAUUCUCCUCCUGGAGGUCUGCGGACGGUACAUAUUGCUGUCUGCACCAUCGAGAAAGCUAAUAGCCUUAUCAACAGGCUACUGGAAGAUCAAGGGCUGGAUGCUAUUGGCUGUGUGGUGGUUGACGAACUUCAUCUUCUAGGAGAUCCACACCGCGGCUACCUUCUAGAACUACUGCUUACCAAGAUCAAGUACAUGUGCCGCAAAGACAAGACGCUGAAUAUCCAGGUGGUGGGGAUGUCAGCGACUCUGCCGAACGUGGCUGAUUUGGCCACUUGGCUGGACGCAGCGCUCUACAUAACGCAGUUCCGGCCCAUCCCCCUCACCGAGUAUCUCAAGAUCAACUCUAGUGUGUACGACGCAGCUACGAUGGAGCUCAAGUACAACAUACAGCCAAUUGCGAAAUUUAAGUCUGACCCUGGUGAUGUUAUUCAUCUGUGUCUGGAGUCAUUGUUGUCCGGACAUUCUGUAGUUGUCUUCUGUCCCACCCGAAGCUGGUGUGAGACCUCUGCUCAGCAGAUAGCAGCGGAGUUUCGCAGAAUAGGUUACGAGAAGAGUGAGAUGGGCCGAGCAGUGAGAGAACAGCUGGACGGAGCGGCCAUCAGUGAUGUUUUGGAGCAACUCAAGCGAUGUCCCGCGGGUCUUGACACGUCCCUAGGACGAAGUGUGGCAUUUGGUGUAGCCUUCCACCACGCAGGUCUGACGAUGGAUGAGCGGGACAUUGUAGAAGGAGCGUUCCGCAGUUGUGUGCUGAGAGUGUUGGUGGCCACAUCUACUUUGUCCUCCGGAGUGAACCUGCCUGCGCGGAGAGUUUUGAUACGAUGUCCUCCGCGCAACAUGGGCUGUGACGUACGCAGCUAUCGACAGAUGGUGGGGCGAGCCGGCCGCAUGGGGAAAGAUACUGCCGGUGAGAGUUUUCUGAUCUGUUCUGGGGCGGAGAGACCUGUGGGUGAACAGCUGGUAAAGGCACAGCUGCCCCCAGUAGAGAGCAGUCUAGGGGUAGGGGACUUGUCCUCCAGUCUGAAGAGAGCAGUGUUGGAGGUUAUUGCGAGUGGCGUUGUGAGCACUUCAGAGGACGUAGAGCUCUACACAAACUGUACGUUCUUAGCAAGUUCAGCGACUGAGGAUAGUGAUAACUCGCUUGUCGACCCGCUAGCGUCUUGUGUGGAGUACUUGCAGACUAAUGAGUUCAUAAGAGUGUCUGGCAGCUCGCUCAGCCCUACUCCACUAGCCGAGGCGUGUCUCAGCGCGUCCCUGCCCCCUGACCAGGGGCUGAAACUGCUCAAAGAGCUUCACCGAGCUCGGCAGUGCUUCGUGCUGGAAACUGAACUGCAUGUGAUCUAUCAGGUCACACCGUAUUCCGUGAGUGAUCAGUGGGGACAGCUGGAUUGGUUGAGAGUCCUCUCUCUCUGGGAGGAUCUGCCUGUCAGUAUGAAGAGAGUGGGGGAACUGGUGGGGGUGGAAGAGAGGUUCCUGGUGGGCGCAGUGCGGGGGACUCUUAACAUGAAGAACAAUGGACAGAAGCUGUCAAUACACCGGAGGUUCUACACAGCUCUAGCUCUACAAGAUCUGGUCAAUGAGGUUCCUCUGCCACAAGUUGCCGUCAAGUUUGCUUGCUCCAAGGGAGUGUUACAGUCACUUCAACAGUCAGCUUCUACAUUUGCUGGCAUGGUGACUCAGUUCACUCGGCGACUGGGCUGGUCCAACGUGGAGUUGUUGGUGUCACAGUUUGGUGCUCGACUACAGUUUGGUGCUCAACGGGAACUACUAGACCUGCUGCGGCUGGACUGCCUGACUGCCUUGCAGGCUAGAGCACUGUACAACAAUGGCAUACAGGCCCUGUCUGACCUGGCUACAGCUACUGUGGGCAAAGUGCAGCGAGCCCUGGCUAGGGCCACACCCUUCCUCAGUGAGCAGGACGGGGAAGGUGAGGAGAGUGACACAGACAAAUGUAGGAUCUGGUUGGUCGGCCGAUGUGCCGUCACCGAGACACAGGCAGCUGAGAUACUGGUACACGAGGCUAGGCAAUAUCUUGAGAGAGAAUUGGGACUGCAGAGUGCAAAUUGGGGAGAUUUAAAUGCUUCUGAGAUCAGCUCUGUUUCUGAAAAAUCUCUGACCCAAGUUUUAGAUACCCCCUUUAAAUGUAUUGGGCAAGAAAUAAAAAUAUGUAGUGAAAAAGAAAAUGAAAAAGUAAUGACAAAUAAACUCAAUACAUCAGUGGGAGAAAAUAAAGAGAAUGAAAUUAAUAACUCAACAAAAACAAACAACGAUGUUGUAUCAAAAACUAAUCUUACUAAAUGCCCAUCAAAUAUUGAUUUUGAAACUAAUGGAAAAACAAACACAACAAGCCAUGAAACUCAAAACUUAAAACAAGAAAGUAAAGGAUCAGAAGAUGGAAAUUCAAAUACUAAUGUGGAGACAGUCAGAAGUAAUAGUACUCCAAUUAAUAAUAGUUGUACAAGAAAAAGGGGAAGUUUAGAUCUGUUUGACUCUCCGGAUCAAGGCGACAAUCUUGAUGACCAACUUAACUGUUCCAAGAUAAAUACUGUCCGGGGAAAUAUUCAUUUGAAAGAUUGCACUACAGUUAUCACUCCAAAAAUUCUUCCACGAGAAAUGAAAUCAAAGAAGCCUACGAAGUCAAUAGGUGCUUUAGAGCAUGAUUCAUUAAUAAGAAAACAAGGGCCGGAAGAUAUUUUAGUCCGAUCAAAUGCUGUAUCAGAUUUAGUAAUAGAUGAACAGCCUGAUAAAAAUGAAGCCGUAUUUUUAGACUCACCAAAAACAACUGACGUCAAUGAUGCUUUGUUGGAAAAAAUGGAUGCAAAUCUUGGGGGAGAAAGUCUGUUGGAAAUGUCGUCUUUUGUCCCGGAAACAUGUGAAGAUGAAUGUGUCCACCCAGAAAGUGAAGGUCAAAAUCUUGUUGAUCUGUGGAAUACAAAUGGAGAAGGUGACUCUUUGAUGUUAGGGAUAUCAUCACUUGUUGCUUUAACUGACGACAGGAAAAGAAAACAUAGUAUUGAAGAUGUAAAUGUUAGUAAAAAAAUUAAAGUUUCAACGCCCAAAAAUUGUGACCAAGUAAGUGAGAUACCGGUAUUGAAUGAAGUUAAAGUUUCCAAACAUAUGAAAUCAAAAUUACAACUCAUUAAAACGUCUACUCCAACCCUUUCACAAAGCCUUGUUGAUAGUUCUAGUCCAGGGAGUCCAAUAGUUGAUAAACAGACUGACACAAGAAUUAAUAAUGAUAGUUGUGACGACUUAUUUGUGAAUUCAAAUGAAUGUUUGGUGAAUGACAUAAAUAUGAAUUGUGAAAAUAAUCUCAGUGAUCACAAAAGUGCUUCAUUUGAACUUAGGGUAUCUGCCGAGUUUUCUGAACAUGGAUCAUUUUCGGAAUAUAAUGCAAACAUAGAUAGCAACAUAUUCAAUGACUUAGACGACUGUUCAAGUAAAGAGAAUAAUUCAACAACAUCCAGUAUUAUGGAAAACAUUGAAAAUAAACAAAAUUUCUUCGGUUUAGAGAAGUCAAACUUACAGAUUGCAGGAAAAGACAAUAAUACGUCAAUCAAAUGUAAAGCAAUGAAACAAAAUGAAAAGCAUGAUCAAGAAAUAUGUUCAGAUAAAUCUAAAUGUGUAAAUAAUGAUGUGAACAACAGUUUAUUUGAAGAUAGUUUCAUGAUUGAUUCUAAAUUAAAUGAUAUCAUCAACCUUAGAUCAGACACAAAAACAAAAAUAAACACACAGGAAAAUAACAAAAACUAUUCAAAACAAAUUGAAAUCAGUGAAUUUGAUAUCAACACUCAGAUUUGCAACAUAAUGGAUAAUGUUGAAACAGGAAAUAAUUAUAUAAACAUCGUCGGAGAACCCACAAAUGGAAAACUUAAGUGGACCGAAUCAAUGGAAAUGAAAGAGAUUCAGAAUUUGAUGUUUGAUGAUGAAGAAACAAUCUUCGGUACUCCAGUAUCUCAUCAAAAGUCAAUUUUGUUUAAGAAGCCUGGUAGAAAUAAGACAAGAAGAGAACAACCAUUUCAUGUGAAAAACAACGAAUCCCAAGAUGAUCCAGCUAAAGUAUUAUGUACAGAACUUUUCAAACAUCCUCGUAAAGGAAAGGAUUCAAAAGCAAUUAAGACUUCCAGCGUAAUACCGGUCUCAAAACAGUCACACGAUUGCAUUACAAUACCUUCCAGUGAGGAAACCAUAAUUGAGUCUAGUCUAGAGGUGAAACAAACCAAAAACAAACAAUCGACUUUUGAUGAAAAUUGUUCCAUAACCGAUAGUUUGCUCAAAAAAGCAUUUGAAAGUUCAUUUAAUUUGGAAUCCAAAGAAGAGAAAACAUCAAAUCCAGUGACACCUAAAAAAAUCAUCGGAGAAAGAACUCAGAAUGUUGAUUCUCAGACUUUAAACGAGACCAAAUCCCAAGUUGAGAUAGUGACUGUGGACAAUGCGAGGUCCAGACGAGAGUUUUCAGCGGAAAUACUCAAGCGUAAAUGUGUCUCCUUGGUGAUUACCACUCAGACUGAAGAGAAGACGGGAAAGAUCGGAAAGAGGUUUGUCAACAAGAAGUCAGAACCAAACUACGCCUAUUGUUACCAGGGUGUUGCGAUCACGUCUGCUGUGAUAUGUUGCGGCAGUGAAAAGAUGUAUGUCGUUCCUUUGGACCAGAAGCAUGGUGUUCUAAACCUCUCAGCUCUCAAAGAGAUGUUGGGCCGCAAAGACUUGGUUGUAUGUUGCUGGGAUGUCAAACGUUCGCUGUUGCUGUUGCUUCAGUGCUGCCAACUGCAGUGUGAGGCUAGACUCAGUGAUCCUACGGUCGCCGAGUGGUUGCUGAAACCCCAUCAACAAACACCUACCCUCAAACAAAUGGCUCGCUCGUAUGGCGUGUCCGCACCUCAGUGUUCUCUGGAGGCUGGGUUUACCGCGUUGCUUGUGCUGCAACUUUGCUCUCUACUCAGGACAAAACUGAAGCAAUGUGGACACUACAAAUCAUACACAGGCAACACCUCUUUUACUUGCUACCAGGAGCCCCACCCCCAGGAUGCUGGAGGUGCAGGAGUAGGGAAACUGUCGGAAGGUAGUGGUUCAAGUACUCGUGGAACCAACACCCCGACACCUCCAAGAGAAGUAGAGAUGCCUACACAGAGGGUGCUGGCAGAGCUGGAGUGGGAGGGAGUGGCGUGGGACAGAGAGUACGCAGAACUGCUCUGGACAGCCACAGAGGAGAAGAUGACGGAACUGCAGAACAACUUGUACACUCUGUGUGGCAAGAAGUUCAACCUGCGCUCCCGCACUGACCUGGCUAAGGCAAAGAAGAUGGUAAAGGAAACAUCCGAAGAUGGACUAGAUCAUUUUAACAGCAUUCUUCGAUCUUGGAGGGUUUUGAAUUCUUUGAAAACAAGGAACAUGUCAGGUCUGCUGAUGUUGGAAGGAGAUCGUAUCAGAGGAUGUUGGGACUCUCACUCUGUGACAGGUCGCAUCUCCAUGCAGGAGCCCAGCCUUCAACACACACCUCGAGACAUUGUCAUUGAUGAUCAGGUCUUCAGUCCACGAUCUGCCUUUAUAGCCAGCUCAGGUAAUAUCCUGGUGUCAGCUGACUUCAGUCAACUAGAGCUGAGGCUACUCGCACAUUUCUCUCAGGACUCGGCUCUACUAGAAGCUUUCAACAAGACAGGAGAUGUGUUCACGGCCAUUGCAGCCGAGUGGAACAACUUACCAGAGGAACAGGUGGGAGCAGAACUAAGACACCGUACGAAACAGCUGUGUUACGGCAUGAUCUACGGUAUGGGGAUGACCACGCUGGCUGAGGAGAUGGGGGUGGAGGAGGGGAAGGCGGAGGAGAUGGUGAACAGUUUCCAUCAGUCGUACCCUGGACUGCAGACGUAUGUGAGUCAGUGUGUAGCGGCUUGUAGAGCCACAGCGUCUUGUCAUGUCACUACACUACUGGGGCGACGUCGCUACCUUCCAGACAUCAACAGUGCCAAUAAGGCUCUUAGAGCUCAAGCAGAGCGACAGGCAGUAAACACUACUAUUCAAGGAUCAGCUGCAGACAUUGCCAAGACAGCGAUGUUGCGAGUGAGACAAGCAGCUCGAGACUGCGGCUUGGUGGCUCGGCUCAUCAUACAUCUGCACGACGAACUCAUCUACGAGGUUGCUCAACCAGAUGUAAACGAUUUCGUAAGAGUUCUACGCAAGGGAAUGGAAGGAGCUGUGACUUUAUCUGUCCCUCUUCCUGUGAAGGUCAAGAAAGGUCAUUCAUGGGGUCAGCUGGAACUUGUAGACUGAAUUUGUGAUCUUUGUAUUUAUA